GCGAUAAUUAAUAUACGUUACAUGGAAUAGAGCUAGAGAAACCUCCCAAAUCAAGAACCGCCUUACUCAAAAGGGCAGAGAAAUGUGAGAGAGAGCUGAAUGGUAGCUUCUUGAACUGUAAUUGAUCCCAAAUUUGUCCACUUUCAGCAACAAUUGAUUGCAUAUAAACACAUGGAUUCACAUAAAAAAGUUGUUUGCCAAAAGGGUGUAGGGGGAACGGAAAGACAGUGAUUCUGUCCUAAAUCCAUGUCAAAGUAUAUAAAGAGUGAGAAGUAAAAAUGAGGGUUCAAGUAAUUUGAAACAUUUGGGCACUUGUUUUGGGGCAUUCAAGUUUUAUUUUUGUUUGGUGUUGAGUUAAUUAUUAUGGAAAAUGAUGCAAAAGAUCCAUCAGCAGCAUCAGGGGCACCACCACAAGCGGAGGAGCUAUUAAAGAAGCUCCAAGAAUUAGAAACAGGACAUGCCCAGUUAAAGCAAGAGAUGUCUAAGCUCACGAGUUCACCACAAUCAACUAUGCAUCAAAAUUUCAAGCAGAGGUCCCAUUCCAUUUCCCCUCAGCGGGUGCCGUGGAGGAGGGCCGGUGGCGGAGAUGGUGGCUUAGUGGCGGCGUGGAAGAGAGGGUCGGCAUCAUUCCGGCACUCAUCGCCGUUGCAGCGGGAGAGUAGUAGUAAAGAUGUGCAUAGUGGCGGUGAUUGUGGGGUUGGGCGUUGGGGUGCUGAUGGUGGAGGAGGGGGAGGGCCAGCGGCUGUGAAGUUCACAGAUAAGCAAUAUUUGAAUAUAUUGCAGUCAAUGGGACAGUCAGUGCAUAUACUUGAUCUGAAUGGUCGGAUAGUUUACUGGAACAGAAGUGCUGAAAAUAUUUAUGGAUAUUCAGCUUCCGAGGCUUUAGGGAAAGACAUCCUUGAGCUGGUAACAGAUGACCAAGACUUUGCUGUGGGAAGAAAUAUAAUGUGUCGUGUAAUGACGGGGGAGAGUUGGACAGGGCAGUUUCCUGUUAAGCACAAGAGAGGCGAGAGGUUUUCAGUUAUUGCAACAGAUACCCCUUUAUAUGAUGAUGAUGGCUCUUUGGUCGGGAUUAUAUGCGUCUCCUGUGAUUCAAGACCUUUCCUAGAAGCGAAAGCAGUAACAUCUGCGCCUAAGCCGGUGGAAACUAGUUCAAUAUUUAGCAGGCCAAGACUUUUUGCUUCAGCCAAACUUGGACUUGAUCCUCAGCAGCCUCUGCAAGCUGCAAUUUCCUCCAAAAUAUCAAAUUUGGCUUCCAAAGUCAGCGACAAAGUUAAGUCGAAAAUAAGAUCUGGAGAGAACAUUUUGGAUCUUGAUAUCGGAAGUGGAGAUAGUCAUCACUCUGAUAAUGAUUUCUCAGAUGCUGCUCUCUCUGACCAUAGGGAAGAUGCAGCUUCAAGUGGAGCCAGUACGCCAAGAGAUGCACAUCCAUCUCCUUUUGGUGUGUUCUCUGGGGUUAGUUAUGAGGAGCGCUCACCUGUUAAUCCAUCAAGAGAUUCUGGUGAUGAGAGUGAAGGUAAAACUGGUAUCUCUAAGAUCAUUACCCCGAAAGCUGAAGCUUGGAUCGGUAAGAAAGGUUUGGCAUGGCCAUGGAAAGGAAAUGAACGAGAUGGAUCAGAAACAAAGACAUGUCAUCCUGUCUGCCCGUGGUUGCACAAUGACCAGGACAACGAAUUGGGUCAGCCGAAGAGUUCACCAAAGUCAGAAAAUCAGGUUGCUGAAAAUCGCUGGACUGCCCAUAGUGAGGCUUCAGGAUCUUGGUCCUCGCCGUUCAAUGUUAACAGCACAAGCACGGUUAGCAGUGGUGGUAGUACUAGCAGUACUACUGUUAAUAAAAUUGAUACCGUAUCUGACUGCUUAGAUUAUGAAAUCUUGUGGGAGGACUUGACAAUUGGAGAACAGAUUGGUCAAGGUUCUUGUGGAACUGUAUAUCAUGCUCUGUGGUAUGGAUCCGAUGUUGCUGUCAAGGUAUUUUCCAGACAAGAAUAUUCUGAUGAUGUAAUAUUUUCCUUCAGACAGGAGGUGUCACUUAUGAAAAGACUUCGACAUCCAAAUAUUCUGCUCUUCAUGGGUGCUGUUACUUCCCCUCAACGUCUCUGUAUUGUUACAGAGUUUCUACCUCGUGGAAGUUUGUUCCGGUUAUUACAGAGGCAUGCAUCAAAAUUCGAUUGGAGGCGACACAUUCACAUGGCUUUGGAUAUUGCACGAGGCAUGAAUUAUCUUCAUCGUUGCAAUCCACCUAUUGUUCAUCGUGAUUUAAAGUCAUCCAAUCUUCUCGUCGACAGGAACUGGAAUGUGAAGGUUGGUGAUUUUGGUCUCUCACGGCUUAAACAUGAAACUUAUUUGACAACAAAGACGGGGAAAGGAACGCCUCAAUGGAUGGCUCCAGAAGUUCUUCGUAGUGAACCCUCAGAUGAGAAGGCUGAUGUGUACAGCUUUGGUGUAAUACUAUGGGAGCUCGUUACCCAGAAGAUUCCUUGGGAUAACCUCAACUCAAUACAGCGUCAUUGGAUUCUACAGGUAAUUGGAGCUGUAGGGUUUAUGAACCAACGGCUAGAGAUUCCAAAGGACGUUGAUCCACAAUGGGCUUCUAUCAUCGAGAGCUGCUGGCAAAGUGAUCCACAGUACCGGCCGUCGUUCCAAGAACUAGUGGAAAAGCUUAAAGAUCUGCAAAGACAAUAUGUCAUUCAAUUUCAAGCGGGUCGUAGCGUUGCUGGAGAUAGUGGUAAAAAAGAGCUGUAUUCAUUUACGAGUGUCUCCGGUGGAAGGUCUCUCAUUUGUUUACAUCAGGAACUCCCGAUCACUGAUGCAUCUGCUAAAAACCAUUCUGGUAGCCAUUCCUUGCCUUUGAUGAAAUUUAGAGAGAGGAAUGGAGCUGCUUCUUUAUCAGUGAGUUGUUUUGACCAAGUUGCGCGGUUUGUUGAAGCAGAUCCAGUUUGUCCAGCCUUGAGGUAUGACUGUCCGAGAAAAGUAGGUGUUUGCAAAAACUACCCUGGAAUAUGCUCCAUUAGCUCUACCCAAGUACACAUCACCGAUGCCAUAGACCUUCCCCUUGACGAAGACAAAGCCACUGUUUUCCUUGGUGCUUUGCCUGCUAUGUGCUCUCACAUGAUAUAUCGAUUGCCCAUGACCAAAGAUGAAAUCUAUGGAGCCCUGAAUGUAACAGUUGUGAUAGUAGUGUCUGCCCUUAGAGUCAAAGAGUGUGUUAUGGCUGCUGAAAAAUCCACAAUGGUAGAAGGCAGCCUUGUCUCCUCCUACAAAUGCUGCUACAGACUGGUUUUGAGAUGUAUAAGCAAUGCCAGUGGGAGCCUCAUUCUGUCAAACCAUAUGAAUUAUCUAAGUGGAUCGAUAGCUGUCCUCAGAGUUCUCCGACCAGACGAUUGUUGUCCGGCCUCUUCCCUUGCCUCUCAUGAAUAUGUAGGGCUUGUUUCGUGGUAUGUGCACCUUUUCUCUGCAAUGAUGAUCCAAUUAAAAAUUGAUACCGUAUCUGACUGCUUAGAUUAUGAAAUCUUGUGGGAGGACUUGACAAUUGGAGAACAGAUUGGUCAAGGUUCUUGUGGAACUGUAUAUCAUGCUCUGUGGUAUGGAUCCGAUGUUGCUGUCAAGGUAUUUUCCAGACAAGAAUAUUCUGAUGAUGUAAUAUUUUCCUUCAGACAGGAGGUGUCACUUAUGAAAAGACUUCGACAUCCAAAUAUUCUGCUCUUCAUGGGUGCUGUUACUUCCCCUCAACGUCUCUGUAUUGUUACAGAGUUUCUACCUCGUGGAAGUUUGUUCCGGUUAUUACAGAGGCAUGCAUCAAAAUUCGAUUGGAGGCGACACAUUCACAUGGCUUUGGAUAUUGCACGAGGCAUGAAUUAUCUUCAUCGUUGCAAUCCACCUAUUGUUCAUCGUGAUUUAAAGUCAUCCAAUCUUCUCGUCGACAGGAACUGGAAUGUGAAGGUUGGUGAUUUUGGUCUCUCACGGCUUAAACAUGAAACUUAUUUGACAACAAAGACGGGGAAAGGAACGCCUCAAUGGAUGGCUCCAGAAGUUCUUCGUAGUGAACCCUCAGAUGAGAAGGCUGAUGUGUACAGCUUUGGUGUAAUACUAUGGGAGCUCGUUACCCAGAAGAUUCCUUGGGAUAACCUCAACUCAAUACAGGUAAUUGGAGCUGUAGGGUUUAUGAACCAACGGCUAGAGAUUCCAAAGGACGUUGAUCCACAAUGGGCUUCUAUCAUCGAGAGCUGCUGGCAAAGUGAUCCACAGUACCGGCCGUCGUUCCAAGAACUAGUGGAAAAGCUUAAAGAUCUGCAAAGACAAUAUGUCAUUCAAUUUCAAGCGGGUCGUAGCGUUGCUGGAGAUAGUGGUAAAAAAGAGCUGUAAACACAAAUGGCAUGUUUAGUAAGCUGGCUGGGCCGUAUUCAACAUCAUUGAAGAAGUUAAAAUUUUGUGUAGUACUAUGUUACUGUCUAAUGUUGUGUACUAGACAUGUCCCAAAUGUGCAUAAUUAUGCUUGAUUUUUGCUCAUAACAUUGCCGGUAGCAUAUACACUUUAACAUCGUCAUCGAUGUUUUGCAUCUGGUGUUGGCAAGAUGGCUGUUGAAGCUUGCGCUGAAUUGCUUCUGGAGUUGAGACGAAACAUAUAGAGGCUGAGGCCAACUCAGGAUUGUUAUUUUAAGGAUUAAAAUGUAGAUUCAUUUACGAGUGUCUCCGGUGGAAGGUCUCUCAUUUGUUUACAUCAGGAACUCCCGAUCACUGAUGCAUCUGCUGUAAGAUAAACAUCUGAUUUUGUAACACCUUGAAUUCUAGCAACUCGAUGCGUUAUCAAACCGGAAUUUAUUGAA